GGUUUUUAUUACUUCAACAAAGACAGAGAAAAAUACGAAAUUCACACAAAGAAAAACAAAAUGGCGAGUACGAAACUUUUGUUGUUGGUGCUGUGUCUUGGAGUAUGUGUGGGGAUUUGUAGAUCUUGGGUUGAGGAUGUUGCUGAAGAGGACACACAAUCUUUGCCUGAUUGGGCUCGUAAUACAUUUUCUCAAAGUUUAGGAUCCGAGAACGAUGAUGCCACUCAAAACAUGAAGUAUAAGGCUGAAGAAGCAACUGGAAGUGAUGAAAUCCUCAGAAUGCCAACAGAUCAUAAAGUGACCGAUAAGGCUUCAAAUAUAGCUCACAAUGUUUAUGACAUAAAAAACGAUGUAAAUGGUAAAAUGGACUGUGGUGGAAAUGAUAACAACGCCUUUGGUGUCUAUGAUGAAGCAAAAGCUGAAUUGAGUGAUGCUUACAUGUCUGCAAGGAACUCCAUGACUGAAGAGGCCAAAGCUAAAUACGAAGCUGCAAAAGAAAAGGCUUCAGAAGCCACAGGGAAUCUUGGAGCUAAAAUGAGAAAUACCCCUUAACUGUAAAAGAAUCUCACUGGUAUAACUUUCUGUUAGUUUUCAACAUACAUGUCUUAUGUAACAUGUAUCCAUAAUAUUAUGUAGAUACAUAGUGUAUAGUUACAGUGACAUUAUGGGACCCUUUGUUAACAUGCGUAGCUAGUUAUCUUUGAUAUAAGAAUAUAACAUGAUCAUCCAAAAGGUGCAUGGUUUAAUAAAGGUAAAAGGUUAACCCUCUCA